AUGGCUGUUUCUAUAAAAGCCGUGACUUGUGGAGCUCUGGCUCCAGGCGAUGUUCUUAUUGGGGUGCUGAAACCCUGUCAUGAAAAGGUGGUGGACCUGGAAAAAAGACUUGGGCCUCAGAGGUACAACUGCACAGAUUUUCAUUUGCUCUCCUUUGUUGAAACCUUGGCCAUCAUCAACACCAUUGAAACAAUCAACAACUCUGGCUUUUUGCCGGGAAUUCGUCUUGGCUAUGUUAUCUGUGACUCUUGUGCAUAUUCCAGUACUGCCUUAAAGAAGGUGCAGGAAAUGCUAACUAUUAAUGACACCCUUCCAGUCCAAUGUGACAUUGUUAAUCAACCACUGGUAAAGGUCAUCAUCGGGGAACGCUAUUCUGAGGUUUCCAUCUCAGUAGCCAGGCUUUUGAGUAUAAACAUGAUACCUCAAAUCAGUACCACUUCAUCUGCAGCAACUCUGGAUGACAAACUACGUUUCCCAACCUUUUUGCGUACAAUCCCUAGUGACACACACCAGACCCAGGCCUUGGCCCAGCUCAUGGCCCACUACAGCUGGAACUGGGUGGGUGUUGUGUCAGGGGAUGAUGACUAUGGCAAAGCCGCUCUGCAAAGUUUCCUGAAAGAUGCUGAUGACUUAAAGAUUUGCCUCGAAUUUGAGGAGGUUCUCCCCCAAUACCUUAACAAUGCCAAUAUCCAGAGCAGAAUUCUCAAAGUAGCGGACAAAAUUCAAUCUUCCAAAGCCAAAGUUGUUUUGCUAAUCCUCAAAGAACAGGUUGUGGAGCAGCUGUUUAAAGAGAUAAUCAGGAGGGGGAUCACUCGCAUCUGGAUUGCCAGUGAUGGCUGGUCAAUGUCACAGCAUUUGACCAACAUAAAUGACAUCAACAUGGUAGGGGGUAUUUUGGGGUUUGGCUUCAUCACAUCAAGUCCGACCCCAGGGUUCAAGGACUACCUGAAAAAUCUCACAUCAGGCCCAGGAGUUGUCAACCGCUUAAUUGAGGAAUACAAGGAUUUAAGGUUUAAAUGUACUUCUGAGGCUCAAGAGCAGAGGGAUUGUCUGGCUAAAGUACCUCCAUCCACAUGUCCCAUUCCAAAAUCCUUAGAGUUCAAGUCAGAUUUGGCUUGCACACUACCCAACGCACAAGAGGCCAAUGAUGACUUCUUGGUAGAUCAUGUUAAUUUGAACUUGACUUAUCGUGAAACACUGGCCACAUGGUCUAUCGCUCAUGCUUUACGGUCCCUCCUCAAAUGCAAUCAGUCCGACUGUCCAGGAGAUACACAUUUCCCACCUUGGAAGCUUCUCCAGGAACUGAAGAGGAUUAAUUUCACUAAGGAUGGGCGUAGUUUUUUUUUUGACGAGUCAGGGAACUUUGUAAAUGGCUAUGACUUGAUCAACUGGGUGAGAGAUGAAAAUGGGAGAAAAUUAGAAAUUGUUGGCGGGUACAAUGUGAUGAAAAGAAUUGUGGAAGUCGAACAAGACAAUAUAGACUGGGGAGCGUCAAAUAAGACGCCAUGCCCCCCUGGAACAGCAAAGAAAAUUGUUCGGAUACACUGUUGCUAUGACUGCACAGAUUGCGAACCAGGAACUUAUUCUAAUAUUACGAACCAGGAAAACUGCCAGCCAUGUCCAAACAACACCUGGUCGAUGAAGGGAUGGGACCAUUGUGAAAAUAGGACUGAAGACUAUUUUAAAUGGAAUGAUCCUUCCGCUGUUGCACUGCUCACUAUUUCAGGGAUAGGCUUUUUGCUACUUUCCUCAGUUCUUAUUAUUCUAGUUGUUGGUCGGCACAGUACUGUUUUCAAAGUGGCCGGUGGGAAGCUUUGCUUUGUCAUGAUUGCUGGACUCGCUGUUAGCUUUGGAGCUGUGGUAUUGUUUGUUGGCAAGCCUACCAAUGACAUCUGCAAAUCUCGUCAGACAAUGUACGGCCUUGGCUUCACAUUGUCUGUCUCUUGUAUCUUAGUAAAGGCUUUUCGUACCUUUCUUGCUUUUCUUACUGACCCGGUACAACAUCAUAAGAUGAAAAAACUGUACAAGCCCCCUAUCAUCAUUAUCUGUGGAACAGCCAUUCAAGGAUUAAUAUGUGUCCUUUGGCUCAUUUUUGACUCACCUAAAGUUGUUCAACAUACCUCGGAUCAGACCAUGUACAUUGAGCUACAGUGCAAUGAAGGAUCCAAUUGGGGCUUUGGAAUCAUGCUAAGCUACAUCUCUUUGCUAGCCUUCAUAUGUUUUAUCCUGGCCCUCAAAGGCAGGAAGGUGCCGCAUCGCUACAAUGAAACUGGCUACAUAAUAUUCAGCAUGGUCAUCUACUUGUUUGUCUGGAUCUGUUUCAUCCCAAUAUACGUCACCAAAAACCAACAACGUUCUGCCAUCCAGGCAUUCGCCAUUAUUGUCUCCAAUUCAGGCAUCAUAUUCUGCCACUUCCUGCCAAAGUGCUACAUGAUUCUCUGCAAGAAUAAGGAAGACAUAUCCAAACAGACUUACCUUGAACGAGUACGGAUCUUUUCCAUCACCUCAACUGACUCCACGUUUGAGCAUAUGUCAAUAGAUUCAGGAGCAGGCUCCAUGGAGCUAGUACCUGAAGCAAGACUAAGAAAUUCCACCGCCAAUUUAACGGAAACAGGGGCAAACUCUGUCAAGAAGGUGUUUUCCACAAUUACCACAAUCCAAAAAUUUGAUGAUUUAAAGACGAUAGACUCAUCUUGCAACAUAAGAAGAAGGUUACGGACAAAAUCAAUUUAAUAAAUGUUCUCACCAAGUGUAAAUAUCUAUUUAUUUGUCAGGAUCUGCAUGUUAUUACAUGCACACAUGGCAAUAAUGUGAGGAC